UGCAUGCAUUAAUGGCUUCUAUGAUAUUACAGUCUAUAUAUAAGAGGUUCUUUGCUGAAAUCAAUACAAUGCUUAACACUGACCAAGACUUGGGAGUGUUUUGUUUACAUUUAAGAAAGAUGAGGAAAGUAAGUUCCAAAAGACUUGGAGUGUUUGCAGUGAUAUUUGUGUUUGCCAUAGGGAUAGCAGAAUGUCGAAAACUUGAGAAGGAGAACCUGGGAGUUGGUUUUGGAGGAGGGCUUGGUGGUGGUGGUGGUGGUGGUGGUGGUUUAGGUGGAGGUUUCGGAGGGGGAAAAGGUGGUGGGGUAGGAGUUGGAGGUGGAGCUGGUGGGGGGCUUGGUGGUGGUGCAGGAGGAGGACUUGGUGGUGGAGGUGGUGCGGGUGGCGGGUUUGGAGGUGGAAAAGGUGGAGGUGUAGGCGUUGGUGGUGGACCUGGCGGUGGUGUUGGAGUUGGAGGUGGAGCCGGUGGUGGUGCUGGCGGAGGACUUGGAGGUGGAGGUGGUGCUGGUGGUGGUUUUGGAGGUGGAAAAGGUGGAGGUGUGGGAGUUGGCGGUGGUGCCGGAGGACUUGGUGGUGGAGGUGGAGCCGGCGGUGGUGGUGGACUUGGAGGUGGAGGUGGUGCUGGUGGUGGUUUUGGAGGUGGAAAAGGUGGAGGUGUAGGAGUUGGCGGUGGUGCCGGAGGACUUGGUGGUGGAGGUGGAGCCGGCGGUGGUGCUGGAGGAGGUCUUGGUGGUGGUGGUGGAGGACUUGGAGGUGGAGCUGGUGGUGGUGUCGGAGGAGGACUUGGUGGUGGAGGUGGUGCUGGUGGUGGUUUUGGAGGUGGAAAAGGUGGAGGUGUUGGAAUUGGAGGUGGAGCUGGUGGUGGGGCAGGUGGAGGACUUGGUGGUGGUAUUGGAGGUGGAGGUGGUGCAGGUGGAGGUUUUGGAGGCGGUGCUGGUGGUGGAUUUGGAGGUGGUGCUGGUGGAGGAAUUGGAGGGGGAUUUUAGUUCCAAAAUAUGCAUGGUAAAGUUGUAGGUUGUAACCAUGCUAUGCAUUAGUGUAGUUAUUAUUAAGCAAAUAAAAAGUAAAAAACUGCAAUGUGUUUCCUAGCAAAAUUCUAUGUCCAAAUCUCAAUUUCUUAUUUCUCUGUAUUACUAUGAUGUACCACUUGAACCAUGAAAAGAAAGGUAUCCAAUGGAUUUGUUUUCUGUUAAUCAUAAUCUCAACAUUGGACUGAUUGACUUGUUCUAUAAGAGUGUCAACAUCAAUUGUCCUUUGAUGUUAUUCUUGUCAACAUUUUGGGGCUUUUUAGAUCUUUUCCUGGAUGAAAAUAUCAUUCUUGGAGAGAAAAAACGGAAGAUGGUCUACCAUUCCAGCUAAUGAAUAAAUUUGAAAUACAGAAAUUACAAAAUCCUUGUGCACUUGAAAUGAUGUUGAAAAUUAGCUUUACAAAUGAUGAGUACGUUAUAUUUGUCUGUGUUCA